CACCGGCGCCGACGCGCUGGGUUGGCGCGCGCGCCCCGAGCCGCGGGUCUGUGCUAAGCUCUUGGGUUUUUGCACAGUUCGCCUUGGCUUUUGACUAUUUUCGGACACUGGUGUCUUUGAUUUUCGGGAUGCCUUCUUCUUUGCUGGGCUUGGCGAUGCCGGCGUCCACGUCGGCCGCAGCCCUGCAGGAAGCUCUGGAAAAUGCGGGGCGGCUCAUCGACCGUCAGUUGCAAGAAGACCGCAUGUACCCGGACCUUUCCGAGCUGCUCAUGGUGUCUGCCCCAAAUAAUCCCACUGUUUCUGGCAUGUCAGAUAUGGAUUAUCCUCUACAGGGACCUGGUUUGCUGUCAGUGCCCAACCUUCCAGAGAUCAGCUCUAUCCGAAGAGUUCCUCUCCCACCUGAACUUGUGGAACAGUUUGGACACAUGCAGUGUAACUGCAUGAUGGGCGUGUUUCCCGCCAUCAGCAGAGCCUGGCUCACCAUCGACAGUGACAUAUUCAUGUGGAACUAUGAAGAUGGGGGAGACCUUGCCUAUUUUGAUGGACUUAGUGAAACUAUUCUUGCCGUGGGGCUUGUGAAACCAAAAGCUGGCAUCUUUCUGCCUCAUGUCCGACACCUCCUGGUUUUGGCAACCCCUGUGGAUAUAGUGAUUCUUGGACUCAGCUAUGCCAAUUUGCAAACAGGUUCUGGAGUUCUGAAUGACAGUAUGUGUGGCGGAAUGCAGUUGCUUCCAGAUCCUUUGUAUUCUCUGCCCACUGAUAAUACCUACCUUUUAACAAUAACUUCCACCGACAGUGGCAGAAUUUUCUUGGCUGGAAAGGAUGGCUGUUUAUAUGAAGUAGCCUACCAGGCAGAAGCAGGUUGGUUUAGCCAAAGAUGUAGGAAAAUCAACCACUCUAAGAGCGCACUUUCUUUUCUUGUUCCUUCAUUGCUACAAUUUACAUUUUCAGAAGAUGAUCCUAUUGUUCAAAUUGAAAUUGAUAAUUCUAGAAACAUUUUAUAUACACGGUCUGAGAAAGGAGUGAUACAAGUUUAUGAUCUGGGCAGCGAUGGACAGGGAAUGAGCAGAGUUGCCUCAGUGUCGCAGAAUUCCAUCGUCUCCGCUGCUGGAAACAUCGCGAGGACCAUAGAUCGCUCUGUUUUUAAACCAAUUGUUCAAAUAGCAGUGAUCGAAAAUUCGGAGUCACUGGACUGUCAGUUACUGGCUGUCACGCAUGCUGGGGUGAGGCUGUACUUCAGCACCUGUCCGUUCCGACAGCCACUAGCACGACCUAGCACACUGACACUGGUUCACGUCCGCUUACCGCCUGGGUUCUCGGCAUCUUCCACAGUGGAGAAGCCUUCAAAAGUACAUAAAGCUCUCUACAGUAAAGGUGUUCUACUGAUGGCAGCCUCAGAAAAUGAAGACAGUGACAUUUUGUGGUGUGUGAACCACGACACAUUUCCUUUCCAAAAGCCUAUGAUGGAAACCCAGACGACGACCCGUGUGGACGGCCACUCCUGGGCUCUCUCUGCAAUAGACGAGUUGAAAGUGGAUAAAAUAAUCACACCCUUAAAUAAGGACCACAUCCCGAUCACUGACUCGCCGGUCGUCGUGCAGCAGCACAUGCUGCCGCCGAAGAAGUUCGUUCUCCUGUCGGCACAGGGGAGUCUUAUGUUUCAUAAACUUAGACCAGUAGACCAGCUGCGGCAUCUGCUUGUGAGUAAUGUGGGCGGAGACGGAGACGAGAUUGAAAGAUUCUUUAAAUUACAUCAGGAAGACCAGGCUUGUGCAACUUGCCUUAUCCUUGCUUGUUCCACCGCUGCCUGUGAUAGAGAAAUAUCUGCUUGGGCUACUCGAGCUUUCUUCAGGUACGGAGGUGAAGCUCAGAUGAGGUUUCCAGCCACGCUCCCCCCGCCAAGUAACGUUGGUCCCAUCUUGGGGUCUCCUGUCUAUGCCAGUUCUCCUCUUCCUAGUGGUGGUCCAUAUCCAAAUCCAUCCUUUUUGGGAACACCAUCUCAAGGCGUGCACCCUCCUGUCAUGCCAACCCCAGUGCCUGCUACAGGAAGUCCGGCGGUCCCGGCCCCAGGUCUGGGCUACAUGGCCGGACCAGAGAUUGUGUGCUCUGGAAAACACAACGGCAUCUGCAUCUACUUUUCUCGAAUCAUGGGAAACAUCUGGGAUGCCAGUUUGGUUGUGGAGAGAGUAUUCAGGAGCGGCAACAAAGAGAUCACUGCGAUUGAAAGUAGUGUUCCCUCCCAAUUGCUGGAGUCAGUGCUACAAGAACUGAAAGGCCUGCAGGAAUUUCUGGACAGAAACUCCCAAUUUGCAGGAGGACCAUUAGGAAAUCCAAAUACCACUGCCAAAAUGCAGCAGCGGCUGACGGGAUUCAUGCGUCCUGAAAAUGGAAAUACCCAACAAAUGCAGCAGGAACUGCAGAGGAAAUUUCAUGAGGCUCAAGUGAGUGAAAAGAUUUCACUUCAGGCAAUCCAGCAGUUGGUCCGGAAAUCAUACCAGGCUCUGGCUUUAUGGAAACUCCUCUGUGAACACCAGUUCACUGUCAUUGUAGGCGAACUGCAGAAGGAAUUUCAAGAGCAGUUGAAAAUCACCACCUUUAAAGACCUGGUAAUCCGGGACAAGGAACUGACCGGGGCAUUAAUUGCUUCCCUCAUCAACUGCUAUAUCAGAGACAAUGCUGCUGUCGAUGGCAUUAGCCUGCACUUACAGGACAUCUGCCCGCUGCUGUACAGCACUGAUGACGCGGUCUGUUCCAAGGCAAAUGAGCUGCUCCAACGUUCCCGACAAGUUCAAAGUAAGAUGGAAAAGGAAAGGAUGUUAAGGGAAUCACUGAAGGAGUACCAGAAAAUCAGCAAUCAAGUUGACCUUUCCAAUGUUUGUGCUCAGUAUAGACAAGUGCGUUUUUACGAGGGCGUGGCGGAGCUCUCCCUCACGGCUGCUGAGAAGAAGGAUCCUCAGGGGCUUGGCCUUCACUUCUAUAAACACGGAGAACCCGAGGAAGACGUCAUUGGGCUUCAGGCUUUCCAAGAACGAUUAAACAGUUACAAGUGCAUUACAGAUACACUGCAGGAGCUGGUGAAUCAAAGCAAGGCCGCCCCUCAGUCCCCCAGUGUACCCAAAAAACCGGGGCCUCCUGUGUUGUCUUCGGAUCCCAACAUGCUGAGUAAUGAAGAAGCUGGACAUCACUUUGAACAAAUGCUUAAAUUGUGUCAACGAUCAAAAGAUGAGCUCUUUAGUAUUGCCCUUUAUAAUUGGCUAAUACAAGCUGACCUUGCAGAUAAACUGCUACAGGUCACUUCCCCAUUUCUGGAGCCACAUCUGGCCCGAAUGGCCAAAGUUGAUCCAAACAAAGUUCGCUAUAUGGAUUUGCUCUGGAGGUAUUACGAGAAGAACCGGAGCUUCAGUAGCGCCGCCCGUGUCCUGUCCAAGCUGGCCGACAUGCACAGCACAGAAAUUCCACUUCAGCAGCGACUGGAGUACAUUGCUCGAGCCAUUCUUAGUGCCAAGAGUUCCACAGCCAUUUCCUCAACAGCUGCGGACGGUGAAUUCCUUCAUGAACUGGAAGAAAAAAUGGAAGUUGCGAGGAUCCAACUGCAGAUACAGGAGACACUGCAAAGGCAGUAUUCCCACCAUUCUUCUGUGCAGGAUGCAAUUUCUCAGCUGGAUUCCGAGCUAAUGGACAUAACUAAGCUUUAUGGGGAAUUUGCUGACCCAUUUAAACUUGCAGAGUGUAAACUUGCGAUAAUUCACUGUGCCGGUUAUUCAGACCCUAUAUUGGUGCAGACCCUUUGGCAAGAUAUCAUAGAGAAAGAACUGAAUGACAGUGUGACGCUGAGCUCCUCAGACAGAAUGCACGCCCUCAGUCUGAAGAUUGUCCUCCUUGGCAAAAGUUAUGCUGGCACACCUCGAUUCUUUCCCGUAGAUUUCAUCGUGCAGUUCUUAGAGCAGCAGGUCUGCACCCUGAACUGGGAUGUGGGCUUCGUCAUACAGACGAUGAAUGAGAUCGGGGUGCCCUUACCUCGGCUGCUGGAGGUGUAUGAUCACCUGUUCAAGUCACGGGAUCCAUUCUGGAACCGAAUGAAGAAGCCACUGCACCUUUUGGAUUGUUUACAUGUACUGUUGACAAGAUAUGUUGAGAAUCCUAGCCAGGUUUUAAACUGUGAGAGGAGAAGAUUCACAAACCUCUGCCUGGACGCCGUCUGCGGGUACCUGGUUGAGCUGCAGUCUGUGAGCUCCUCCGUAGCAGUGCAGGCCGUCACGGGGAAUUUUAAAUCACUUCAGGCGAAAUUAGAGCGGCUUCAUUAAUUACUGUGAUGUAUUCUUUCCCAUUCAUUCUGAACUGUAAAAUAAAAUCUCAUCUGGGUCCAGAUAUCAAGUGCUCUUAAGUCUAAGACAUUAAGAGAAUUUUAAUAGAAACGUGUUUUUCAUAGGUGGCUAGUAUCCACAAACUGCAUUUGCCAGAUGAAUUCUUUUUUUUACUACUGCUUUGUUUUAUAAUCAGGUCAAAAAACAACUAAGAUUUUUUUCUUCCUCUUAUUAAAACAAGGAUAAGGAAUAUUUAGAAACUCUUACUUUGAAUUUUACUUCAGGCAGAAAUUUUGAAUUUAUCGUAUUCAUUUUUAAGUUAAUCCAAAGAUAAUUGAUAUCAAACUUUAAAUAGGGUAGCUGAGUAUUAUUCCCAUAAUACUGGAUUCUAAAACAAUCCUUAAAAAAGCAAACAUACACUGUCUCAUAAAACUUCCUUAGGUGUUGGGUUUAUCCUUGGAAAGAAAUUUCUUCUAACUACUAAUGAUGUCAGUUACAAUCCUUGAAGAGAAAUACAUACCUGCUUGUUUUUUGAGCAGGUGAUACACUUACAACUAACAGUCUGUGUCCUGAAAACCCAUACAGGGAGAUAACUGUUUCCUGCUGUCUACCGAGUUCUUUGGCCUUGUGACUACUGACUUUAUUAGAGCAAUGGUUCUCAAAAUGUGUACAGCAAACCAGCACUUCAGCAUCAUCUGGGAGUUUGUUAGACACUCAGAUUCAAGCCCAUUCCCACACCUGCGGGAUCCGUGAUGUGGGGUGAGGCCAGCACCCUGUGCCCUAACAAGCCCUCUGGGAGCCUGCUGGUCCACGUCCAGCCUGGGCCCCUGCAUUCCAGGGCCCAGCCAGUCUGUGCCCUGAGCUCCCUCUCUGGCUCCUCCUCCUCUCUUCCCCAUGAGUGACCACCACCUGCAAGGUUUGCCUAAGAUACCCAGUAGGCGAAGCAAAGCUGUUAGUAGUGUCGACUUCAGGCUUUAAUAAAGUUGGAAUAACUAAACCAGGGGCCCCAAAGUCAUGGCAGCGGGGAGGGAAAAGGGGGCGAGAAUGACCAGGACUGACCAAAAGUUGGGGACAGGGCUCCUUCCCUCUUGCUUUCACGCUCCCAGAAGUGACUGGCCUUCUGACUUCUGUUGCCAGUGCGGGUCUGACGGUUCCUAAAUGACAUCUGGAAAUAGAUUUACUUUUACUUUUUUCCCCAAGACCAUGGGUUGCCCUUUCCUUAUUUAUUCUCUUAGAAUUUGGCUUCCUUUCUCCUAUAAUCUUUAAUUUAUACGAUUCAAUAGAAUGUUAAAAUAUCACCCAUUAGGUACAACUACCUCAUAUUUUUCAGAUUGUCAGUGAAGGUUUUUUAAUAUGAAAAAUGAAUAUAUGCUAUACUUUGCUAAUUCUGUACAUUUAAAUCUCUGUUAUGUCUACUUAAAAUGAAA